CAAAGUUAAAGUUGCGUCCGUGUCCAGCAGUUGCAGUAGGCUGCUCCGCGCGGUGUUUUUGUUUAUUGCCCGGCUUGCUACGAUUUAUCGACGAGAUGACGUCUGAGAUGUGGAAGUUUAUUGCGCUACUAUUCCUAAGUAUAACCCAAGUUCUCUCCCUGGAGACAACGACGGCCCCAAGUACAGACCCUGAAGAACCUCCAGAGGGAUACUACGCGUUCGUGGAGUCUCCAAACGCAGAACCUCCUCGUGUUAGGCCGCCCCCUUACACGCACGCCUCUGUUGACUGCAGGGAGGACGAGGAUAAAACCCCCCAUGUGUCCCCUUUUAAUUUAUGUGGGGAUUUAAAUAAGGGAACAAUUCCUAGGAACCCCAUGGGACAGAAUGUUAUGGGAUCUCCGUAUCCAUUCGAACUUAUAAGGAACAUGACUUUAAAAUACCUAAGCAGAACAUUACCCAUUCUAAAGGCAGACGAAACACUGCCAAAGGUUGCACAAAUGCAAGAUGACCUUAUUUCACAAAAUACUAUUACACCAUUCCAAAACCCAAAUGACAGAGUUAAAAGGGACAUAAAACAGGAAGAAAAAGUGGAAAAAUCUGCUGAAAUUAAAAAAACAGAAACUUCUAAAACUGAUCAAGACAGACAUGGGCGUAAAUUUUGUGAUCAAGGAGGUGUGUUUUGUAUGCUAUACAAAGCUAUAAAUGGUGAUAGUUACGCAACACCAACGUCUUCUGCACAUUUACCAUUGGAAAGACGCGAUGAAGCACCUAACGCUCCAAGGUACGAAGGACCUCCCACCCCUUGUCCAGCUAAGGUUGAAUAUGCUACCCCAGUAUUUGCCAAAAAUUAUCAAGGUAUAUGGAGAUACGUUGUCCAAAUCCCUUAUGAAGGAUAUUUCACACAAACUGUAGAAGUAACAAGAUGUCUUCAGUCAAGAUGUCACUACUUAGAUGGAGGGUGUCUAUCAUCCCCUAGAUGGUCCAGUUUAUUGGUGGCAGAAAUUUACUACCCCGACACUGUUUUAAGCAGCAGUGACACGACAAACCCACAAAGAAGCCCUGUUGCCGCAUCUCAACCCCCAUCUGUUCAAGAUUUCCAGAACUAUCAACAAUACUUGCACAAACGCGCAGGUCUUCAGGCCGCGCCGGUGGACAGUUCCACAACAUCGAGACCCACGCAUUGCGAUGGGAUUGACGCCUUGGGCUGUUUCCAGGUACGGCUCUACUACGAUUGGUUUCUGAUUCCGGGCUCUUGCAAAUGCUGGCGACCGGAUUAUUUCAACAAAUACGUAAGAAGGAAGUCAGAUCUAUAAUUUUUUUUUAAUAACGCGGUAAUAGACUGAGCUCUCUUGUGCUUUAAUAAUAAUUUAAAAAAUGAAGACCAGUGUUUUUGUUGGUAGCACUGGGGGAUACUAAAAAAGGUUUAGAUUUAGAAAGAGACAAAAUAUUUUAAUGACGAUUUUUCUUCAAGUUCUCUUUAUUUCGAAAUCUAAAUUUAACACUUUGGUACCUUUUUUAGCAUUUCCCUGCCC